UCGGCGCCUGCCAACUUAAAGGCCGCCUGUGAAUCGGGCAAGGCACGACUACGUUCGGCUCCGACGUUUUCUCCGAGCAGUUCCACGUAACACAUCCUCCCGACUCGACAUUACACCCUCUGCUUAUUGGCUUAGUCUUCAUACGCUUGCAAACGUAGGUGUUUGUCAGGGCUUAUCCCGACCCGUCAGCAAGUCAACCUCUCCGUGGCCCCACCGAAACGACGCGUCACCGUGUACGAUGGGCCGAUGAGGCUGAAAACACUCAACGGCGCGCCUCUGCGGGCAAGCCUCGACUUCACGCCGGAUGCACUGCUUGACCCGCAUGAGGUAGCCCGAUUCCUCCGGUCGGACUCUUUUCUCACAGAGCUGCUCCAGGAAUCACCAUUCAAUUGGCGGCGCAUCGCGCCUAGAGAGCAGCGAUUGCGCUCCGACUGGUCCCAACCAUAUUUACCAAGCGGUGGCCUCAAUGGCGACGAUUUACCCCUUUCUUUCGUGGUACCAGGCGUGGGAGCUUCGUUCGAUGCAUAUCCGGAAGAUGCAACGAAUCUCGAGACGAUGAUGACUGUGGAUGGGACGUCAUUCGAUGACAGUCGCUUUGUACAUCACUCCUUGAUUUUCCACGAUACGCUCCUGUCUUCUCAGAUUGCUCUCGGAGGUCUAGCGGAUGGCACAGGAACCUCGCAGUCGUUUGUGGGCACGUCCUUCGAAAGUGCAACAAGCAUGAGUAUGGGAAGCUUCCAACAGUCGAAUACAGACGUACCAGUCAUACAGAUACCUGCUACUUUGAAGCUUACAUCAUUUGGCGCCUUACCCAGCGCGGCACAUUUGCGAAGGAUUUAUCCGCAGACACCGACUCCCAACUUCCUGUGCGUUCUCGCUGCACCACCCGAGGACAGAGAAGUGUUUGUGAAGAAAGGCGGCUAUAGAAUGCGACUACGCGAGAUCGUUGUCGCCGACGACACCAGAAGCGACUUUAAGAUCACUUUCUGGCAAAGACCCAAGGGUGACGAUUCUCAGAAUCCACACACCCAUGUCCUCCAACGCACCAAGCCUGGAGACAUACUCCUCUUAAAAAACAUAGCUCUUAACGCCUUUCGCGAAGAUGUUUACGGGCAAUCGCUGAAUCCAUCGAUUGCCCGGGUCCAAACCUCGAUUGAGAUUCUCAUGAGCAGCGGGGGUAUCUCCAGUCGUCAGCUGGCCGCGCUUCCAGCACCUGUGGUAACGGCAUUUAUGCGGGUCAAGAAAUGGGCCAGUGCGCAUGUUGCAUCCGAUGUAUCUGGCCGUAAGAAACGAAAGGACGACUCGCGGCGAUCCACCAGGUCUGUGAAACGAUAUCUGAGAAGCUCCGAUGUACACGAUGAAACCUUGCCGCCAGACACCAUGGAGUCUGUCUGAGGACGUACCGAGCACAUGUCACUCGGUCACAUCGAGAUUGUCCUGUAGUGUCCCAAAAUAGUGCACGCACGUUUGCUCAAAACAGGCAUCCCAAUUUGUUCCACGGUUAACAA